CGGAAAAUUUUCCGUAUUUUACGAAUUAUGUCAUUCAGGCCCGCACUUUGCUAACCAGUGCAUCGGGAGUACGUUCACCAUAGCUCCUCACCGUCCGAUCCGAUCCGAUCUUCCGCAGAUAGCAGAACCAGUUCAUGAAAGGCGUCUGCGACAAACCACACUAAUAGAAAAAAGCGCUUCACUUUCCUCGGCAGCUUCUUCUCCCAGCCUCCCUUCUAGGGUUUCGGAAGUUUCAGAGCUCGGCAGAAUCCGAAAGCUAGGUUACAUGGCGGGUGGUUCAGCUGGGGCGGCGCAGGCUGGCGGCCGGACCGGCGUUCGUAUCGUCGUUGCCGGUGACCGCGGUACGGGCAAAUCGAGCUUGAUUGUCACUGCCGCCGCUGAAACCUUCCCUCCGAAUGUUCCCCCCUUGCUGCCUCCUACGAAGUUGCCAGAAGAUUUGUACCCUGAUCGUGUACCCGUCACCAUCAUCGACACCUCCUCUAGCUUGGAGGAUAGAGGAAAGCUGGCAGAUGAAUUGAGGAAAGCUGAUGCUGUUAUACUUACUUAUGCUUGUGAUCGGUCAGAAACACUUGACAGAUUGAGUACUUUCUGGCUUCCUGAACUUCGCAGACUUGAGGUGAGGGUGCCAGUUAUAGUGGUGGGUUGUAAGCUGGAUUUGAGAGAUGAGCAACUUCAGGUGAGCCUGGAGCUGGUAAUGUCACCAAUAAUGCAGCAAUUUCGAGAGAUUGAAACUUGUAUAGAGUGCUCGGCAUUAAAAUAUAUUCAGAUUCCUGAUGUCUUUUACUAUGCACAAAAAGCAGUGCUUCAUCCAACUGGCCCAUUGUUCGAUCAAGAAACACAAACUUUAAAGCCUCGAUGUGUGAGGGCUUUAAAGCGGAUAUUUAUUUUAUGUGAUCAUGAUAGGGAUGGUGCUCUCAGUGAUGCAGAGUUGAAUGAUUUUCAGGUGAAAUGUUUCAAUGCUCCAUUGCAACCAACGGAAAUAGAGGGCGUUAAGAAGGUUGUCCAAGAAAAACAUCCUGAAGGAGUAAAUGACAAUGGCCUUACAUUGUCAGGAUUCCUCUUUCUCCAUGCAUUAUUCAUUGAGAAGGGGCGCCUAGAGACAACAUGGACUGUCCUAAGGAAAUUUGGAUACAAUAAUGACAUCAGGCUUCAGGAUGAUCUGUUACCAUCAUCAUUUAAACGCAAUCCUGAUCAGAGUGUGGAGCUGACAAAUGAUGCUGUUGAGUUUUUGAAGGGCUUCUUCCACUCGUUUGACACUGAUGGGGAUGGGGCGCUACGUCCUUAUGAGGUUGAAGACCUGUUUUCUACUGCUCCACAAAAUCCUUGGAGUGAAGAUCCAUAUGUGGAUGCAGCAGAGAGAAGCGCACUGGGAUGGUUAUCCCUUGAUGGGUUCUUGUCCAAGUGGGCCCUUAUGGCACUUCUAGACCCUAUCCAUACCAUAGAAAAUCUGAUAUACAUUGGGUACGAGGGUGAUGCUUCCUCUGCCAUCCGCGUGACUAGAAGACGACGUUUAGAUCGCAAAAAGCAACAAUCAGAUAGAAAUGUUUUCCAGUGCUUUGUCUUUGGACCUAAAAAGGCUGGAAAGUCUGCAUUGUUGGAUUCCUUCUUGGGAAGGCCUUUCUCUGAUAAUUAUGUUUCAACUACUGAUGACCGUUAUGCAGUGAAUAUUGUCGAUCAACCUGGUGAACCCAAGAGAACACUUGUGCUGCGAGAGAUACCAGAAGAUGGAAUCAAAAAGCUGCUCGGUAAUAGAGAUUCUUUGGCAGCUUGUGACAUAGCAUUAUUUGUUCAUGAUAGUUCCGAUGAGUCCUCAUGGAAGAAAUCAACUGAGUUGCUUGUGGAAGUUGCUGGUCAUGGAGAAUAUACUGGCUUUGAGGUGCCUUGCCUCAUAGUUUCUGCCAAAGAUGAUCUGGAUCCAUACCCACAGGCAAUUCAAGAUUCGACCAGGGUUAGUCAGGAUUUGGGAGUAGAGGCUCCCAUGCCUAUUAGCGCAAAGUUGGGAGAUUUCAAUAAUGUAUUCCAUAGGAUUGUUAGUGCAGCUGAGCACCCUCAUUUGAGCAUUCCGGAAACUGAAGCUGGGAGAAGUCGGAAGCAGUACCAUCGGCUUGUCCAUCGUUCUCUUCUGUUUGUUUCAGUUGGAGCUGCAGCAGCCAUUGUUGGGCUGGCAGCUUAUCGUGUCUACCUUGCAAGGAAGAAUAGUUCCGGUUGAAGAAUCUUUGUUUUCCAUCGCCACCACCUCAUUUCGGCACACUUGGUUGAUCCAAGCAUUUCUUCAUUUCAGAUGCCAAUUGUGUAGGGUUCCCUGAGACAAUUCUUGUGUAGAGUGUCUUUACUUUCUCGUCUGUAGCGCCCCCCCCUCUGUUCCACCUUUGUAUUUCUUGUAGGUUUUUAUUGUGAAAAAUGAAAUGGUAUUUGGGUUUUUAAUUUAGAUGAUUGCACAAUGCCAUAUUUAUUGGGCAUGACGUGUGCAAUAAAAAAUUUUGCUCUCUCCCUC